GUGUGUGUGUGUGUGUGUGUGUGUAUAUAUAUGCAUUUUGACUGACAUGAUAGGAUUCAUAUGGCUUUUUUUUAUUACAGUCUUUGUAUCCUAGACUAGAAGUAAUGGUGUGGAAAACAGCAAGGUUUGAAGUCAUUAAGUUAGUGAUUGCAUAAAAUGUUAUAACCUGCAAAAAAUAUUUAGAAUCUGGAACAAGGACUUGGGGGGGGAUUCACAUUGGAUUGAAACAUCAAGCCAAAGUCCGCUCAACAUCACAAUCACAGAAGAUAUGAUUCUCCCACCAAGUCUUCGUCCCUCAAACACACUGUGAGCUAUGGAUGGAUUUGGAUUUGGAACAUUGUGAGUGUUUUGUGUGUAAGACAACUGAAAGAGCAGAGUUGCUGCACACUUGAUUGGAAGUCAGAUGCUUUUUAUGCAUUUCUGAAUAGAUAUAAAUCCGCCUGCUUUCAUUCAUUAAACCUGCAUUAAAAUAUGGAAUUUUUCCAUGUUGUAUGUAUCAAAUACUUGUAUAUGUAUUAGUAAGGACUUCUGAUAACUCCAGUUUCAGUUACAGUUACAGUUUCUAAACAUUUAUAUGUUUUAUUUGGUUUUAACAUGACUAGGCUAUUAGAGAUAUUUGUUAUGUAAAAUGUAUUGUAAAAAGGAAAUAAAGCUUAAGUUAAAAUCUGUCAUUUCAGAAACACAUAAAUAAAUCCAGAUAUCAUAUGUGGCUAGUUGUGUGUGUGUGUGUGUGUGUGUGUGUGUGUGUGUGUGUGUGUGUGUGUGUGUGUGUGUGUGUGUGUGUGUGUUUGUGAAGAAGGAAGAAAGAGUAAGGAUGUGAGUAUGUAGCUGCAAAAACACUGCAUAUGAUAAUUGUGAAAAAAUCACUCUGAACAGCUUACAAAAUUAAUAUUUAUUAUUAGUUUAUAACACUCACCCAUGAACAAUUGUUAUUUUAUAUUGAAAGUGUACUUUCCUGCCGUAUUGUUUUUUUGUUUGUUUUUUUAGUUAGUUAAGCAUGUGGUACCUCUGAUCAGUAUAACACUUCUCUCAGCUCGUCAUCUCUAUACUCUUGUUUAAACAUAUAAUAUUCAAAACCUUUAUCUUUCCUGCUAGAUUGCAUUAAAGCCACUGUCCUCGAUAGGGGAGGUGGCUGCUGUAACCCAAUGCAACUGUGCACAGGGUCAUGUCACAUGACACAUUUUGGAAUACUAAGUAAUGCAUUUGCUGCCUUCACUAAAUUUGGCUUCUCUUUAAUAUGCCAUUGAAAUUCCAUGGAAAUUUUGAAUGUUGUAAGAAAAUAAUCUUUUGCUAUUUUCUUAAGCACAAAAACUAAAACCUGACCUAUUCAAUGUCUUGGCAAGCAAUGUCACUCCGUGAAACUUCUGAACAUAAUAAUAAAAAUAUAACACAAACAUUUAAUUAUAAAAAUAUUUAAUGUGUUUCAGCAUGAACAUUACCUUUAACUGCUAUGUGUAUAUAACUCCCUGUGGCAUGCCACUGGCAAAAAGACUUGGGUUGAUUUUAUUUUUAAAUGUAUCGGAAUUUAGUGCAAUUUAAUCAAAAAAAUAGUAAACUUUCAAUGUAAUGAGAAUUUCUAUAGAUUCAACUGUUUGUUAUUUAAAUGGAUUUUUGCUCCAAUGAAAACAUCUCAUAGGACUUUGUACCUUCAGGAUGCUAUCUCCACUGACCAGACAGACAUAAGCUUUAAAUGAUCUCUCUGUGAUUGAAUUAUCUACACUGCACUGUUUUUUUUCAUGAUCUCUAAAUCUCUGAAACGUAAUUAUGUGACUGACACUCUCAUAUGAAACUCUUUGCUAAUAGAGAACAGAUCUGAUUACAGAUAUUUUUGUAUGUAGGUUAAUGCAUUUGUUGGAAAGAUAUACAACGGUUAAAGUCUGGUGAAGUCUCAUUCGAUGAGUAUUUUAAAGUCAAUUUUAAUGGGUGUGUGAAUAAGGUUUACAAUACUAGCUAACAUAAGAUUCUAUACAUAGAAAGUGUGUGUGCAUGUGUGUGUGUGUGUGUGUGUGUGUGUGUGUGUGUGUGUGUGUGUGUGUGUGUGCAUGUGUUUGUGGACUGGGGCUUCAGGUUACCCUUUGGCAGAAGGGGGAGUUUGUGUGUGUGUGUGUGUGUGUGUGUGUGUGUGUGUGUGUGUGUGUUUGUGUUUGUGUGUCUGUGUGUCUUCUGUGUGUGCAGGGGUGGGCAUGUUAAAGUGGGGUGAUCUUAGGUUGGAAAGGGGUCAGAAGGUGACAGUCCAAAAAAAGAUCAUCACUGCUUUAAACACGUGUUGAGAGCAAACAACAUCUCUUUUUCAAACUCUCAGGACAUGGAGAAAAGGGUCGGAUAUGAUAUCAGCACAGAGGCUCCUCAGAACAAUGGAAAGAAGAAAAAGAAAGAUAAAAAUUUGGAUGAGCUUAAGAAAGAGUCAACUUUGGAUGAUCAUAAGCUCUCUCGGGAUGAGUUGUCUGCUCGCUAUGAAGUGGACCUGUUUAAUGGCCUGACCCAUAAAAGAGCAAUGGAGCUUCUGGCAGAGCAUGGGCCUAAUGUCCUUACUCCACCUCCAACCAUCCCAGAGUGGGUGAAAUUCUGUAAACAGUUGUUUGGAGGGUUCUCUAUCCUUCUGUGGAUAGGUGCUGUCCUGUGCUUCCUUGCUUAUGGUAUCCAAUUUGUAAGUGAGGAUGAGCCAGCCAAUGACAAUUUAUAUUUGGGAGUAGUUCUGGCUGCUGUAGUCAUCAUAACUGGUUGCUUUUCCUAUUACCAAGAGGCUAAAAGUUCACGCAUCAUGGACUCCUUCAAAAACAUGGUGCCACAGCAAGCUUUGGUGAUCCGUGAGGGUGAGAAGAAGCAGAUUAAUGCAGAGGAGGUGGUUCUGGGAGACCUGGUGGAAAUAAAAGGGGGUGAUCGCAUUCCGGCUGACCUACGGAUUAUCUCCUCCAGUUCCUGCAAGGUAGACAAUUCUUCUUUAACAGGAGAAUCUGAGCCUCAAACCCGUUCUCCAGACUGCACUCACGAAAAUCCUCUUGAGUCCAGAAACAUUGGCUUCUUCUCCACUAACUGUGUUGAGGGCACAGCCUGUGGCAUUGUGAUUGCAACAGGAGAUCGUACAGUUAUGGGAAGAAUAGCGAGUCUGGCUUCUGGAUUGGAGGUUGGCCAGACCCCAAUCAACUUGGAAAUUGAGCACUUUAUCCACAUCAUUACUAGUGUUGCUGUCUUUCUUGGUGUUUCAUUUUUUAUCCUCUCGCUCAUCCUUGGCUACACAUGGCUUGAGGCUGUCAUCUUUCUUAUUGGCAUUAUCGUUGCCAAUGUGCCUGAAGGACUGUUGGCAACAGUCACGGUGUGUCUCACUUUGACAGCUAAACGUAUGGCACAUAAGAACUGUUUGGUGAAGAAUUUGGAGGCUGUAGAGACUUUGGGCUCCACUUCCACUAUUUGCUCAGACAAGACUGGAACCCUAACCCAGAACCGUAUGACCGUUGCCCACAUGUGGUUUGAUAAUCAGAUCUAUGAAGCUGAUACUACAGAGGAUCAAUCAGGCAAUGGGGUCUUUGAUAAGAGCUCCCCCACCUGGACUGCUCUGUCGCAUGUAGCAGCGCUCUGCAACCGUGCUGUCUUCAAACCUGGACAAAAAGAUAUUCCUAUUUUGAAGAUGGAGACUGCAGGUGAUGCUUCAGAGUCUGCUUUGCUUAAGUGUAUUGAGCUCUCCUGUGGGUCUGUGAAGGCAUUUAGAGAGAAAAACCCUAAAGUAGGAGAAAUUCCAUUCAACUCAACCAACAAGUUUCAGCUGUCUAUCCAUGAAAGUGAUGAAACUCCAUCUGGGCAUCUCCUGGUGAUGAAAGGAGCUCCUGAGAGGAUAUUGGACAGGUGCAGUACAAUCAUGAUUAAUGGAAAAGAGCUUCCUUUGGACACUGACUGGAGAGAUAGUUUCCAAGUAGCCUACAUGGAUUUGGGGGGUCUUGGGGAGAGAGUGCUGGGCUUCGCCCACCUGUUCCUGUCACCAUCUCAUUUUCCGCGAGGUUUUUCAUUUGACUGUGAAGACAUCAAUUUCCCCAUGGACCAAAUGUGCUUUUUGGGUCUUAUUUCCAUGAUUGACCCCCCAAGAGCUGCCGUGCCUGAUGCAGUGGGCAAGUGUCGCUCUGCUGGAAUCAAGGUGAUCAUGGUAACUGGAGACCAUCCAAUUACAGCUAAAGCAAUUGCUAAAGGGGUUGGCAUAAUCUCAGAAGGCAAUGAGACAGUGGAGGACAUUGCAGAGAGACUUAACAUCCCAUUAAGUCAGGUUAACCCACGAGAUGCUAAGGCAUGUGUAGUGCAUGGAGCUGAUCUGAAGGAGAUGAGUUCAGAGUAUUUGGAUGAUCUCUUGAGAAACCAUACUGAGAUUGUCUUUGCUCGCACCUCUCCACAACAGAAACUCAUCAUUGUAGAGGGCUGCCAGCGGCAGGGUGCUAUUGUGGCAGUGACAGGUGAUGGGGUAAAUGACUCGCCUGCUUUAAAGAGGGCUGACAUCGGCAUUGCCAUGGGAAUAGCAGGAUCUGAUGUCUCUAAACAAGCAGCUGACAUGAUCUUGCUUGAUGACAACUUUGCAUCCAUUGUAACAGGAGUGGAGGAGGGUCGUCUGAUCUUUGAUAACUUGAAGAAGUCGAUAGCCUACACUCUUACGAGCAACAUCCCUGAGAUCUCUCCCUUUCUCCUCUUCAUCAUUGCCAGUGUUCCUCUGCCUCUGGGCACUGUCACCAUCCUCUGCAUUGACUUGGGAACUGACAUGGUUCCUGCCAUUUCUCUGGCUUAUGAGUCAGCAGAAAGUGACAUUAUGAAACGUCAACCCAGAAACCCCAAAACUGACAAAUUGGUCAACGAGAGACUCAUUAGUAUGGCAUAUGGGCAGAUCGGUAUGAUCCAGGCCCUGGCUGGGUUCUUUACCUACUUUGUGAUAUUGGCAGAAAAUGGAUUUUUGCCUUAUAGACUUCUAGGAUUGCGACUUGCCUGGGAUGACCGUAAUGUCAAUGACCUUGAGGACAGCUAUGGACAGCAAUGGACCUACGAGCAGCGCAAGAUUGUGGAAUUCACUUGUCACACAUCUUUCUUUGUAAGCAUUGUGGUGGUGCAGUGGGCUGACCUCAUCAUCUGCAAAACACGCACCAAUUCCCUUUUCCAGCAGGGCAUGAGAAAUAAGAUUCUGAUCUUUGGCCUGUUUGCUGAGACAGCCCUUGCUGCCUUCUUGUCCUACUGCCCUGGAAUGGAUGUUGCCUUGCGCAUGUACCCACUCAAGGUGUACUGGUGGUUCUGUGCUCUUCCAUACAGCCUGCUUAUCUUUAUCUAUGAUGAAAUACGCAAAUUAAUUCUGAGGCGGAGUCCAGGAGGUUGGGUGGAAAAAGAGACCUACUAUUAAUAGAUAUAUUAUGUAAAUCAAGGUGUAUUACCAAUAUUGUCAUUAUGAUCAGAACAAUGUUCUCUAAGUUUAUUAGUAUAGAUGCCCUGCUUUUAUGAUAAAAAAUUGUCCCUGCCUUAAAUCUCAUUAAUCUUAGAAGUGCAUUAUUGCCUAUGCUGUUGAUGUAAAAUUUAGCUAUGCGGAUUUGCAUAUUUAGCAUGCUGUUUCUAAAUUACUCCUAUGAGAUGACAGCAGUACUUAUAUAUAACUAACUUGCAUAACUACAAAUAGGCUACCUCUCUUCAAUAGUUUAAAACUAUGAAAAGGAACCAUACAUGAUGAACAAAUACAUGUUUGCACAGUGCUCAAAGAAGAAAACCUUAUCUGUCACAAACCUGUUUAGAAAUGCUGCUUAAAUGAUAAACACUAUAUCUGUUGCUAGUGCAUUGACAUUAUAACUUUUUAUGAAAAGAUUAUUUAAAUUGUAAAAACAUAUAUA